AUGCAUCGAGUCUUAUCCGCGCGUUCGCAAAUGCAAGUGCGGAAAGUAAAUGACCGUGGUGAAAUAGUUACAACUAAUAUCGAAGAUGAGUUAAAUAAAUUACCAUUUUCUGCAAGAACAACGAAAAGAUCAUUAACAAAACUCGAUAUGAACAAAGUUGAAUCUACAACGAAUGAUAUUGAUGCAAGAAGAAUGCCAUUUUCAGCACGACCUACGAAAUUAACAAGUGAUAAAUCGCGUCCAUCAUCAAAUUUAACGAAACGAAAUAAUAUUCCAACACCAAAUUCAAGCAGAGCUCCAUCAACUAUUUCAAUAGACCAAGAUUCGGAUAUUUUACAAUUAAUGAAAGAAGGAAAUAGAUGUUGCUCUGCCAAUCAAAAGAAUGAUAUAAUCAUUAAACUCGGCAACUAUUUAAUUGAUGCAAGAAAGGAACUUGCGCAUACAAAGGAAGAGUUGACUAAACUCCAACAAACAAUAAAUGCUCAACAGAAUGAAAUUGAUUCUCAAAAGCAAAUUACUUUAAAUGCUACUAUGACAACAGAUAGAAUAUCGAAAUUACGCCAUCUUGCUUCUGUGAAAUCAAAUGAAGAUUUAAUUAAUGAAAUUAAGAAAAUAGAAGAAGAUUCAAAGAAAUAUCUUCACUUAAGUGAGCCUUGGUUACUCCAAGAAGUUUGCAAUAAAAGCGAAGAUGAACAAUUCCAAUGUUUAAUUAAUCUUAAAUUUAGACGUCUUGAAGAUCUCAUUUAUGGUCUUCGCAGACAACUACUCAAUGAUCAAGAUGUUAUUGCACUAUUCCCACUCAUUAAUCAGAAAUUCGGUUCUGUUAGAAAUUUGUUAUCAAAGUAUAAUGAAGCCAUAGAUUCAAUUCAAAGGUAUAAAGUUAGAGAAUUCAGACUUAGUGAAUCAGAGCUCAUGAAAAGAAGACCUCUCAGUGAAAUGGAUAAUCAGGCGCUUUACACUUUAAUUAUUGCUCUUCAAAAUGAAUUAGGAGAAACAAAACAGUUUGCAAGAGAUUUAAUGCGAUCAACAACAGGCUCUAGAGCUCCAGAAAACUUCGUUGAGUUAUCAGAAAAUCCUAAUUAUGAUGAAAUAUCAUCAAAACUCAAUAACCUUGAAGGCUUAUAUGGAAAACUUCAAGAAAGAUGCGCUUCUCUUGAAAAAGACAACGAAUUUUUGAAAUCCACUGUAAAUCUUGAAAGCGAUGUUCUUAAAGAAGGUAUUUUCAAGAUCAAUGAGAAGAUGGGUGCCAAAAUUACUGAUUGUAUAGAUAGAAUGACAAACUAUCAGCGCGAAAUCUCUAAAUUACAAAACACAAUUGAAAUGCAACAACAGUUAAUUGCUCAAUUCCAAAAAGAAAAAGAAGUUACGCUAAGGAAAAUGGUAAAUGCAACUUCCAUUGUCAAUGGAAUGAAAAUCAAAAUGGAUCAAUCAGAACUCAAAGCUAAAAAUGCCGAAAGAAAGCUUAAAGGAGUCAGAGCAAUCGCCAGAACAGUUAUGGAGAUUGCAAUGCCAAUGAAAACAGAAUUUGAUAAAUCAUUUGGAACUCUUGAAGAUUCCUACAUUGCUAAAUAUAUGCAGCAAGAUGCAGCGGCAUUGAUUAUCCAAAAUGCAUGGAGAAGAAGAAAGAAUUCAAGAGCCGAAAAGGCAUUCCUCAAAGAAUCAUGGCAUGAUAAAUCUGUUAAACUUUCUCUACCUAUGUUUGCAAUUGAUACAUUGAUUGGAACAUUACCUCCUAUCAAAUAUAGACAAGUUGUUGCUUUGUUGCACAGCUAUCAAACUAAUGUCGUUGAGAAUGCUCAAGCAGUUAUUGAUCUUUCUGUUGGCCAAUUUAAGAAGAUCAGAGCAAGGGCAGAAGAUGCUUGUGAAAGAGUUUUAUGUAAACCAAGACACUUCAUGUGGACUCAAACAGAAAACAACCGCGCUGAUAUGGAAGUCCAGACAGAUAGAAUAAUACCACAGCGCACGAAGAAGUAA